AUGAGGCGCUUCAACCAGAUGAUUCGAAAUGCUCGACACGAGAGACCUUGGCAAAGCGGCCCCCAGCAUGCACCCACGCCUAAUGCACCUCAGGCACCUACUGCUAAUCCGGUGCAACCGCCAGCGCCUCAGUCGAGCAUUUCGAUGGCAUCCACCCCUGGUGGUCCAACGUUGAAUAUUGCCUUACAAAACCAGACAGCAUCCACAUCUGUCUAUGCAUACGUCACCGGUAGAGCGAUAGAGAACAACAACGCUUUAUUCCUUCUACUUGCCGAUGGCCAUACUCCUUAUUUUCCACCCUCUCCUGCAGCGAUCGGUACUGGCAUCGCUGAAAAUACCGCCAUUGCAUUGGGCGCUCCAGGGAAUACUGUGACGGUAAAAAUUCCUCACAUUGCUGGUGGUCGGAUAUAUUUCUCAAUUGAUACGCCGUUGACGUUUUUCCUUAACCCUGGCCCGGCUCUGGUCGAACCUUCUGUCACCAAUCCAUCCGACCCGAAUAUCAAUAUUGACUGGGGCUUUGCAGAAUUCACAUUCAACCAUGAUCAACUCUAUGCUAAUAUUAGCUAUGUCGACUUUGUCGGUCCACCAGUUGCACUGGACCUCACAACAUUCGGUGGACAAACGCAGCACAUCUCCGGAAUGCCAGUUGACGGCAUCGACCGUGUCUGCGACGGCCUUCGCGCACAACACGCUGAAGACGGCAAAGGCUGGGACAAGCUGAUCGUGACACACAAUGGGCGGAACUUUCGCGCUCUCUCACCCAACCAAGGCAUGGUGCUCCACCCAGAGCUAUUCGCGGACUACUACGACGAGUAUAUUAACCACACCUGGAAGAAAUACUCCUCGCAGGCCCUCACCAUCGACACGCAGGCGAGUUUCGGCAAAAUGUCAGGCAAAGUCUCUUGGGACGGGGACGCCGGUGGCAAGAUCUCCUUUGGCGGAGCGCGGUUCUCAAAACCUACCACCAGAGAUAUCUUUGGCUGCUCUAGCGGCCCAUUUCAGACGGGGGCCAGCGCGAAGACAAAUACCAUCAUCCCUCGCCUUGCCGCAGCGUUCAAUCGGUCGACUCUCUUGGUGGCUGACUCGUUCCCUGCGGACAAGAGUCUCUACUAUAAACACAGCGUGACGAACCAUUAUUCGCGGAUUGUGCACGAGGCUAACUUAGACGGCAAGGGCUAUGCUUUUCCCUAUGACGAUGUACAGCCUAGUGGUGGUCCAGAUCAGUCCGGUGAGGUACAUGCGGGAGAUCCGAAGCUUUUCACGGUUACUAUUGGGGGUAGGAAUGCGAGACCUUGA